CAACGUCGUACAAACCAGACUCACCGACCAUGGGGCCGAGUGCACAUGUAGCCAGCAAACGACAGAAGCUGCUCGCAGAGCAAGCGAUGUUGCAGCAAUCCCUGGUGCUGCUUGAAGCAGACACGCACGAGGACCUUGUGUCUCGGUUGGUGCCGUUGGCUUCGGAGCGCGUGCGGGCGAUCGCCAAGGCGGAAACGAUGUCGGCGCACUUGAUGAACAGCGCCAACGUGAUCUACGUGUACGAGUGUGAAGAAGCGGAAAAGGAGUACGAGUUGAGUUGCUCCAAGCUCAAGCACGACAUGUUGGAAGAGAUUCGCUUGGAGAUGGAGCGCGUGAAGGAGCAGAAACGAUCGGGGGUUGGGUCGGCCUCGUACAACAAGGCCGCGCUGGCGCUCCAGCGACAAACCAACAUGCGCAAGACCCGAAGUAGCAAGAAACCCACGGCGCGGAGCCUGGCGUCAUUGGGCUUUGCCGAAGAUUGGGCACGUCCUGCCGCCAAGCGACUCACGACCGUGUUCACACCGCUGCACAAGACGUUGUCGGCAACCGAGAUCGCCGACGACGUGGAACUCAUGGAGUCAUUGGAACGAACGUUUGACGAGGCGGAGGAAGCCGUGCGGCGUCGGAAAGCUAGUAGUACUAGUCCCGUGGCGGACCAAACCAGUGUGUUUGCUCGGUUUGUGCGGGGCAAGGUACUGUAUCGGGAUAUGGUGCUCCAAGAAGACGACCACAUUCACGUCACCAAGUUUGUCGUGCCUCCAGCAACUUCGUCAGCAACGGAGCAACAACUACCGAAUGAAGCCCCCGUCGUUGAGUACAACGCGAUCGUGUGCGACUUGACGUCGGCCGAGAUCUUUGUGCUCAAAGAGAAUGGCAAGUACACGCGGCUGCUCGUGCAGGACUUGCGCAAUGGAAGCGUCGUGAUCGAUCCCGCCGACGGAGACGAGAACGAGUAACAGUUAGGUCAGUCGGUCAUUGGCGACGAAGACGGAUAAGUAUGGACGUGUUAGUAGUUAAUGGAAUAGCAACACUACUAGAACGAAUUGGCGGCUUUUUUGAGGGGUCGUUUCAC